GGCUGGCCCCGCCCCCGUCAGCGCUGCGGCUCCAGCUCGGGCGCGCGCUCCAGCGCCCGGGAAGCGGCGGUGGCUGGAGCUGGGCGUGGAGGCGCGAGGGGCGGGGCGGAGCGAGCGGCACUGCGGGCCCGCGGCUCGGGCGGCUCCAGCUCGGGCUCGCGCUCCACUCCGUCGCUGCCGGCGCCCUCGGGGCUGUCUCGCCGCCCGGCUCGGCCCGCUCGCUCCCAAGGCCGCGGCUCGCUCAGCUGUCGCCCCGCCGCCGCCGCCGCCGGUGUCCAGGGCGCUGGCGCAGCCGUGAGCCGGCGUGUCCGCCAGGGCGGCGGGGCCGCGGGGUCGGGGCGCGGCGCGCGGGCGCAGGUCUAUGUCGCGGGCGGCGGUGGCGGCGGCGGCCGCGCAGGGACGAUGCGCGAGUACAAAGUGGUGGUGCUGGGCUCGGGCGGGGUAGGCAAAUCCGCCCUGACCGUGCAGUUCGUGACCGGCACCUUCAUCGAGAAAUACGACCCCACCAUCGAGGACUUCUACCGCAAGGAGAUCGAGGUGGACUCGUCGCCGUCGGUGCUGGAGAUCCUGGACACGGCGGGCACCGAGCAGUUCGCGUCCAUGCGGGACCUGUACAUCAAGAACGGCCAGGGCUUCAUCCUCGUCUACAGCCUGGUCAACCAGCAGAGCUUCCAGGACAUCAAGCCCAUGCGGGACCAGAUCAUCCGCGUGAAGCGGUAUGAGAAGGUGCCAGUCAUCCUGGUUGGAAACAAAGUGGACCUGGAGAGUGAGCGGGAGGUGUCCUCCAAUGAAGGCCGCGCCUUGGCCGAAGAGUGGGGCUGCCCCUUCAUGGAGACGUCUGCUAAGAGUAAAACGAUGGUGGACGAACUCUUUGCCGAGAUCGUGAGGCAGAUGAACUAUGCAGCUCAGCCUGACAAAGACGACCCCUGCUGUUCUGCCUGCAACAUCCAAUAGCACCCACCAUGGCUGUCCUGGACAGGACGCAUCUAGGCUUGUGGGCAACAGUAGCCUUGUCUACUCCGUUGCAGUUUGUAGGGUGGCUGGCGGGAAUCCACAGUGCACCGCAGCUCUCGGGCUGGAUGUCAGUUGUCGCCUCUGAGUACUUGUGGGUCCAGUGACUCAGUCUCCACCAUUGUCCUCAGCCUCCCGUGCAUCUGCAGCCUGCAGGCACCCCGUGGAGCUACAGGGUGAUUUCAUUUGAAGUGACCGUGGUAUCGCCACUGAGUUAACAGAAGCCACUGCUGUGUAAAUUAAAAAUAAUCAUGAGAGAAAAACCAGAAGAAUUCCUAUGACCACUAACAAUUAAAAUAUUUUGUCGUCUUUAAAAAAAAGUAAAGGAGAAAUAUUUUCCUACAAGAGUACUGAAGUCAGGAAUUGAUGGACUGUCUGGCCAGCGUAUCCCACCAGUGAAACAGCUGGCCCACCAACAGCAUGGCAGGGAGUCUGCGCACUCAGCUGGCAAAUUUCUGUUUUUCAAAUUGAUGCUUAAUCGCAGGUGUUUUCCUAGUUUGUGACAUGAAAUCCGCUCACCUAUCAAUCCUCGACAGUAAACGUCAGAACAAGGUCCUAUGAAAAGCCAAUCCGGCUGCAGAAUUUGUUGAGUCUCCUGCUUUGCCUCUCGUGGGUUCAUGAGAACUGAAAGUGCACACCCACCCUCUCUUCACAGAGCAGGGGUGAUCUCAGUUACUGAGCAGGAAGGAAGCUGCUGAGACGGAGAGGCUGCCUCGCCUCUACUAACCGGUACCAUCGCGGAAGGAAAAUGAAGCCAUGUGACACCCACACGUUCCCGUUUGCAGACACCUCACAGGACAGGACAGAUACUUGACAUUCUGUGUGUGUUCAUGAAAGCGGCCUUUAAGGGCUAUGGUUGAUACGACCCUUGGCUCACCUGCUUGGGCAAUCCGGGUUGCUGUAACAGCUUUAUUGUAGGCACAAAACAAACACAGAUGGGAUAACCUGUGAAAUAAUCUGGGCUGUAAAGUAGGAUAUACAAUAUGAUAGAGCGCCAGGAAGGGGCCACAAACCUCUCCUCCCUCCCGGAGGGUCGUGGAAGGGUUACCGAGGUGGCACACACCGCUAGACUGGGUCUUUUGUUCUGAAAGGGUGCUUCAGCUCAGCGUUUGGGUUCCCUAGCCGUGAAGUGUUUAUCAUUUGCAUGAGCGAUGGCACAGGAAAAGAAUCUGUUCAGGAGUUUCAUGAUGAAGUGUGGCCGAGUUCUCACCUCACUCCGCAGAUAAGUGCUGGCCAAUGCCUUGAGCCGCCUCUGCAGACCAGCCAGGCCUUCAGCACUCUGUGCCGCUGGGCCUGGACGCACUUGGUGCCCACGCCUCCCUGGUUCCACAGUCUUGUGCAAGUAACCGCUUAGUCUUACGUGUGUAACUGAGAGAAGAGUGUGUUUGUGUGUGCAUGUGUGUUUAUUCCUAAGAAUUUGGCACAAUUCAGAGAUCAUUGCCUCUACUGAGAAUCUAUACUGCAGAACAUAAUGUAUGAGAAAACAGUUUUUAAUUAUUAGUCUCUUAUAAGCCAUUGAAAUCCCCUUGAGUGUUUUAGUAACUGGCUUUAAGCUUAGAAGAUAGGAAAAAAAAGGUCAGUGGUGUUUGUCAUGUGUGAGAUAAAUAAAUAAAUAAAUAAUGUGGGUAAAACCAGGUCCUGGGUGUUAGAGAGUCCGAGUCUUUUUGGUCUUCAGUGUCGUUUUCUCCAGCUAGGAAGCACUGCAUUAUAGGACAAAAAGUCCUAAACAAUUUUCUUGGAACAAAGUUUAUUAUGUAAAAGCUGAUUCGACUCAGACAUAUUGAGAAAUCAGAUUCAACAAGUCUGUUUUACUUACUGAAAUAGAUGUUAGUGCACUGACUUCUGAGGCCUCUAACUUGUGAGAUGAUUCUGAUGUUUAAAGUCCCAUCGUGAGUAGCAGUUUAUGAUACUCCAUAUAUUGAGAGCAGCUGUGCAGAUUCCACACUUUCCCAUCAUGUAUGCCUGUGCAGGCAUGCAAAGGGUAACAUGUGAGAAGCCUGGCAAGGUGUGAGGUGGAGGUGUGUGUUCCUGGGACCCAGUGUUUGCACCGUCCUUCCUAGUGUGCAGACUUCACUUUCCCAGCACAAACUGUGCCACCUGCUCGCUGUCCCUCCAGUGUGAAUCUGACUGUUGUGUGUGAAGUUUGCCAAGAUGGGAAUAAAACACCCGAGGACAGGAAAGUGACACUUACGGGCACAUGACAUAGUGGCCACAGAGCAGAGCGGUGACUUCGCUUGCUAGUUCCUAAAAGCCCGGAUUCAACUAGCAACUAGAGAAAUGAAAGUUUGUUCUAACAUGCCUUAAUGAUGUCAUGGUUUGACCCAAAGACCCACUUUUUCUUUAGCUAUUAUCAAGUUUGCUUUGCUUUGUUUUUUACUUUUAUCAAAAGGCAGAUUUUUUUUUUUUUUUUUUUUUAGGUUUACUUCUUUGAAGGUGGAACUUUCAGGUUCUUUUAAGCUGUGGUUGUGAUGGUAGCCGAUGCCUUUCCACUGUUAGGCUUCCACGAGACGAGCCAGCACGUUCUGGGAAGCCUUCUGGGUCUUUCCUUCGCCACUGAAAGGCUUCUCUGAUGCGCCCACCCUUUGCUUUGUCGAGUUGGGGUGUGGCCCAGUCACUACAGCUGCCACCACUCUCUGGGCUGAAACUACUGAUCCUUGCUUUCCUGUGUGGCCCAGGACGCCUGCUGUUUGCGUCCCAGCGUGAGUGGCCGGUGACUGUGAAGCCUCUUUGUCUGCUGCUCUUGGGGUAGUUUAGUUUCUCAGUUCUCCAUCAGUAGCCCCACCCCCGCCCCGUUCCCCGCUUAGCACUGGUUAAGCUUUAAUUGUCUCCUCAGCCAAUCAGAUGUUAAAGACUGUGGGGGUCCUUUCUGUUUAACUUGUCAUUGUGCAUCUGUCAAAGCUCGAUCAGGGUUUCUAGAAUGGCUGCAGUAGAUUUUGAAAACAGACUUACCAUUCUCGAUUUGGGGGUUCCCAGAGAUACAGUUCACAGUUAAUUGUUGAACUCUAAUACAACUGACCAUUUAAAAUUGAACAGCAGUUUAUUGUUUUGUAACAAUGUCGAGUAAGCCCCGACAUUUCAAUUGAAACGUGAAUUGUAGUUAUAACUCAAUGCAAACUCAACAGUUGUAUUUGGAGUUAAAUUAUUUUAACAAAUAAAUUUAUUUAAUGAAA